AUGUUAUUAAGAAAUUUAGUGUCUUAAAACGUGUCUUUUUGAAAUAACGAUCUUUGUGGUUAAGUUGUUUGAUAUUUUCGUUUAACACAGGCGUUUCACUACAAAAUGGGAAGUGCUGUUGUUGUCUGUGUUGAUCUCAUAGUGUGUUGUUUAUUUUUUCCUCCGUUAGUUUUACAAACUGUUGAAGUGUUUACUGCGCACUGGGUUUCGAACUCAACAUGUGACUCGAUUGGAUUGAUGUACCGUUGUUGUGCCGGGCAGGAUAAUGAGACACGUGAAAGCACAAAUGGCGAACUGGAUGCGUGCGUUCUUGGUUUUGAAAUGACGUCAUUUGUUAUGAUGUUGGCAGCGGAAGUAUUGGCUAUAUUUGGAGUUUGGUUUGAGUGCCAGGAUGACGAAGAUGAGGAAAGUCGCUGUGCUAAGCUCAUUAAUGGAAGUUGUCUGCUAUUUGCAUGCGCGG